AUGGCACCCACUGUCCUUGUGACAGGCGCAACUGGCUACCAAGGAUUUGGGACCGCUCGACACCUUCUAGCUGCCGGCAUUGGUGUCAAUGCUCUUGUUCGCGACCCAUCGAAGCCAACUGCAGCUGCACUGGAAAAGCUCGGAGCUAGGCUAUGCAUUGGUUCCUUCGAUGAUUUUGACUCAUUGAAGGCCGCAGCUAAAGGAACCUCGGCCGUCUUCCUGAAUGUGAUGCCAACCAUUCCUAACUUUGAUUCCGAAGUCCAAUAUGCCAAAAACAUCAUUGACGCUGUCAGGCAGUCCGGAACCGUCACUCACAUCGUGUACUCGAGCGUGGCCAUGACCGGAAAACAUGAGACGUUCCCUGGGUGGGGUCCCGAUUAUCCGAUGGCAUGGUACUGGACUUCAAAGGCAGCCAUCGAGUCAGCUGUGAAAAGCUCAGGAUUUCAGCACUGGACGAUUCUUCGGCCCGCAUUCCUUAUGUACAACUAUCUCUCACCUCGAGCUGAUCAUAUGUUUCCCGAAUUGCCCCAGAGUCAUGUCUUCCUCACCGCAUACAAGGAAGACAUUGCAAUGACUUUACUGGACCCCGAUGAUGUGGGAAAGUUCGCCGCAGCAGCCAUUCUUGACCCGGAUACCUAUCAUCAAAGUGAAAUUGACCUUGGUGUUCAGGCAUUGACGCCCGAGGAGAUUGCUAGGUCUUUGAGUCGGGCUAGUGGAAAGCAAAUCAAAGCAAAGUUCUACACCACCGAAGAAGUGAUGUCGCUUUCCAAAACAAACCCACGUCUCACCGCACAACUGUGGGCGAACGAUGUCGGGUACCAGGUGGACCUGGAGGCUCUGAAGCGGUAUCCCAUUACGCUUACUAGCUUUGAUGAGUAUCUCCAAAGCAAGAAGGAAGAUGUUCAAAAGACAUUCUCUUAA